GUGAUGACAAUGUGUCUUGAUAAUUACACAUUCAUCAUUACUCAAUUGUCACACUAAAGUGUCCUGCUGUUCAUAGAUAAGAUCAUAAUUAAAAAAAAACCUGCAAUCAAAAAUUUAAAAAAAAGUGAUUACCGAUAUUCAAAAAUAGAAAAUGCUUUAAGUAAAGCUCAAAUAUUUAAUUCAUUAAUUCAUGAAAUGAAAAUUCCAGCUAAGCAGGACUGAAAAACAAUUUACAUAGAUAUUCAUAUUUAUAGUAAAGGAAAAAAUAAAUUUGUAACUCACAUCAAGAGGAUGAAGAUCUUGGUAUUAUUUACAUUUAUCACUUCAAGUUAUCUCACAAAUGCCAAGUUUUACGUUAAUGUCACUGGUGAUAUAACACUCGGAGCACUUUUUCCUGUUCACAAGAAAGGCACCAAUGGCGAGAGCUGCGGGAAAAUUCAGUUUGAAGAUGGUAUCCAACCUCUAGAGGCAAUGCUUUUUACUGUACAACAGAUAAAUCAAAAUCCUGUAAUACUACCGGGAAUAAAACUCGGCGUUCUUGCUUUUGAUUCUUGCGACAAUCCAAAUUAUGCACUACAACAAGCAUUGAAUUUUGUUAAAGGUUUUAUAGCUCAUGUGAACGAAUAUCACGACCAAGAAUUCCAGUGCUCAGACGGCAGCGUUCCAAAAUUUCUUGGCGGUGGGUUUGAUAAAGUAAUCUCAGUUAUUGCCGCUCAAUCGAGCUCCGUAACGCUACAGGUUGCCUCAAUGCUCCGAUUAUUUGGUGUACCUCAAAUAUCCUACAUGGCGACUUCACCAUCGUUGAGUAGCAAAGAAAAAUAUCCGCAUUUUUUUCGUACCGUACCAAGUGACGUAAAUCAAGCCCACGCUAUGCUGGAAAUUCUAAAGCGAUUUGAGUGGACUUAUGUGUCAGUGGUUUACUCAGACACCGAGUACGGUAAUCACGGAUACGAGACCUUAGUUUCGUUGGCCAACAACUAUUCAAUCUGCUUUAGUGCACCUCAGAGAAUAGACAAGGAACAUUUCGUAGCAGAAGACUACGAUAACGUCAUUCGUACAAUCACUAACAAAACUCAAGUUCGUGUGGUGGUACUUUUUGCGGAAAAGAUAACUACUCUUCGAGUACUCGAAGCUGCAAGUCGGCUCGGAGUUGGUACGAGAUUUGUGUGGAUUGGAAGCGACACUUGGUCGAGUACAAAUCACCGUGAGUUUCUCAAUUCAGGAAAUUACAAUAGGGAUCAAGAGAUGAUGGUUGUUUUGGAGGGUGCGCUCGCUGUGCAGCCACUGUCGAGACACUUGAACGGUUUCGAUGAUUAUUUUACGAAUCUAACUCUCAGUCACGCGGAAAUCAAUCCGUGGUUUCAGGAACUUUGGCAAGAGUACCAUGAGUGUGAUAAAGAUUCUUUGGAAGAAAUAUGUGAUGACCCAACGAUGAAAAUGAAAUACCGCACGGGCUAUAAGCAACAAAAAUUCAUCCAUUUUGUUCGAGACGCAGUUUAUGCAGUGGCUCAUGCAUUACAUAAUCUACAGGUGGAUAUAUGUGGGAGGAAUUUCGUUGGUAUUUGUAAUAGCAUGAGACACAUUGACGGAGAAACACUCUCAAAGUACUUGAACACGGUCACGUUCAAAGAUGAAGCCGGUUAUCCAUUUAGUUUCGUUAACGAAGUUGACGGUCCACUACGCUAUUCAAUUUUGAAUUUUCAACGUGACAAUGAUGGAACUUAUCGUUGGCACGUUGUAGGAAAUUACACCCAGAUAAAUGACGAGAAGCCAGUGCUGUACCUGAAUCAAAAAAAAGUGAAAUAUCGUAGCGAAGAUAAAUCAGGGCGUAAAUUUUUCCCAAACUCAGCGUGCUCGUCUCCUUGUCUCCCGAAUCAAGUGAAAGUGAGGGAAAAACAAGACGCUUGUUGCUGGCAGUGUCAAGAUUGCGGAUCCUAUCAGUACAGAGUCGAUGAGCAUCGGUGCCAAGACUGUGGCCGCGGUCAAAAACCAACCAUCGAUAGUAGACACUGUGUUCCAGUUAAGGAAGAAUUUAUUGAUUACUCGAGUCCUUGGGCCGUGGGUGCUAUGGCUGUUGCUAGUUGCGGAAUAUUAGCGACGAUAUUUGUGCUAUCGGUGUUUUGGAUUUACAGUGACACGCCGGUAAUAAAAGCAUCUGGACGUGAGUUGUCGUCUUUGUUGCUUGUGGGGACGCUUGUGUCGUUUCUAAUGACAUUUGCGAUUGUUGCUGAACCGAAUGCCAAGACUUGUAUGAUUACACGGUUCGGUGUCGGAAUUUGCUACACGCUUUGUUAUGCUGCACUAGUCACCAAGACUAAUAGAAUUCACAGGAUAUUCAAUAAAAAGUGUUACAGUCCUCACAAACCAAAAUAUACUAGCCCUCAAUCACAAAUAAUAAUAACCGGACUCCUUACUUCUAUUGAAAUAUUAAUAAAUGCUGUAUCCUUGUACCGAGUACCAGCUACUCUUAUACAUUUAUAUCCCACACGUGAUAGGAAACUACGCAUCUGCCGUGGUCUUGACAAUGAAUCAUAUUUAAUUGGCUUAAUUUAUCCCUUUGUCUUAAUAGUGAUAUGUACCAUCUAUGCAGUAAAGACAAGAAAAUGUCCAGAUGGAUUUAAUGAAACACGACAUAUAGCAUUCACAAAUUACACGACGUUAAUACUGUGGUUGGCAUUCGUCCCGCUUUAUCUAGCGUUCACAAGUAACGCAAUCAGAGUUGUUACCCUUGCGAUGUCGCUGUCGCUGAGCGGGUUUGUGCAGCUCGGCUGUUUGUUUUUUCCUAAAAUCUAUAUCGUGCUGAUGAAACCGGAAAAAAACACAAAGGAACUUGUUAUGGCCCAUCACAGAAGUUCAUCUUAUUUACCAUCGCCCGCAGCGACGCCGAUUGUUGUACUCAAUGGAAAUACUUUGAGAAACAUGCAAAGUAGCGAAUCAUCACUAAGAUCUUCGCGUCUUUGCAGUACGACUUCAGCUUCAGGUUUUGUCAAACCAUUGUUCGGCACAGAUAUAUCCAACGAAGCGAUAAACGAAACAAUUGAUUCAGAAUUAAAAAUAACGUAAGGAUUUUUUAUUAAAUUAUAAAAAAAAAAGAAAGUGGGACACAAACAUAGAUAAAGCUUCAUAAUUAAUUAAUUAAGUAAUAAUUCUUCCACUGUAAAAAUAUACGCGUACAUUUUAUAAAAAA